UAAGGGAACUCCAUUUAUUCUCAACCGUAUCCAAAGGUCUCCUAACCGAAGGUCUCCUAAAGGGGCGUCCACCUGACAUCACAUGGAUCCAGGAAAUGUCCUAGCCUGAAACUGUCUUCAGCUUGAGGUUCAGACUGGCACGUGGUAACCAUGGCGGGAACAGUGACUGUGAUGCAGCCGUUGAUGUCGAGCCCUACCGUGUGGAGCUCAGGCACCUUCGACUGCUUCAAUGACAUGGCCUCAUGCUGCUGUGCUUUGUGGUGCUAUCCUUGCUUUGUUGGAUCAACUCUCUCCGACUACAAUGAAAACUGUGGGCUGAUUUGUUGUGAUGGUGGGGUUCCAUCUCCCAUCCACCUGGCCCUGCGAUACGGAGUACGGAAGCAGUAUGGGAUACAGGGCUCUCUCUGCGAUGACUGGUGGCAGGUGUGCUGCUGCACCGCGUGCUCCAUGUGCCAGGUCGCUCGUGAAAUCAAGAUCCGCAAAAUGCAGCAGCAGACAACCACUGUGAUCAAUGUUCAACCUGUUAACGUCCAAAUGCCGAAUCCAGGAUACAAUCCAAAUCCAGGAUACAAUCCAAAUCCGGGAUACAAUCCAAAUCCGGGAUACUAAAACAGGCUGUAUGUUUGAUGUUAUUUGGUUCAUAUUCAUUUCAUGCUUUAAAAAACAUUGUCACAGCCCUGCAGUGGCCAACCGGUAGGGCACUCGCCUGCCAUGCAGCUGACCUUUUCCGACCCCUCCCCGUCUCUUUCCCAGUUAGCUUCCUAUCCAGCUCUCACACUGUCCUAUCAAAUGGAUUAAAAAAAAACAAAAAAAACUUUAAAAAACACUGUCACAAUAUUGUUUUUCAUUAAAUUUCUUUCCCAAUAUUCUUUUGCAGUGCAUGAUUAAGUUCAGAGCAAUGUCAUGAUAAUGUCAAAUACAGUAUAAGGUAACUGUCCCGCUGGUAGUAGAUACAACUGCCCAAUGUGCCCAAUAUGCCUAUGCAAUGCUCCCUCCACAAUAAUGCUUCUCAUCAAUGCCU